AUGGGAAGUGCUGCCUCAAAAACUUCUCGUACACUAAAGCCUACACAACAUAAUGCUAAAAUAAUACACCACUUGAAGAAACAAAUUCCCAAUGAUCAUUUGCAAUCUUCAAAGGCAGAUAUCAAUAAAUCAGGACACCCACAGGUAUUCACUGAGCGACCACCUUUAGAACUAGAAAAAAUGGGUGAUGCUGAUUUAUCGGCAGGUAGAAAUACACUGUUUGAAAAAGCUAUCUCGAUGGGCGUUAUCAACGUUAAAGACGAGCUGAACAGCCAAAAAUAUGACGAGAAUCAUGAAUCUGUACGGGUCUUAAAAAAUCGGCAAAAGGUCGAAGAGCAGUAUAAAGGCUUGUUUAUUCCAAAGGAUGCCGACCAGCCAAAUAUACCAGAACGAUUUUUGAAUGAGCAACAAAAGAAAGAAAUGAGAGAUAAGGAAUUUAUGAAAAAAAAGUUGGAGAAGUCAGGAGUCAAUAGUUUUGGCUUGUUUGAUUCUGGAGAAUUAUCCGAUCUCAUUGCUGACUAUAAAGUAUACGGGGAGGCUGAAUUUGUUAAUAGUUCCAGAAAAACCGGUGUUAGUGAAGAAAAUAUUGAAAAAUUCAAAGAAUUGGUUGAUAGCGGAAUACUUACGUUACCUUCUCAUAAAGUUACAUUAAAUGAAUCAAUUGAUUCCGAAAGUAAGCAGAUUAAGCAGAAGCUGAUUGUUGUAGCGGAUGAUUGGGUUAAAACAAUUAAAGAAAAUUUGAAAAAAGAGGCUGCAGAUGGUCCAAAAGACAUGAAGACAACGUCGAAGAAGGAUGAAGAAGUGCUAGAACAGUUCAAAAUGCUUGAGCAAUUGGUGAGUAAAUCUCAAGUUACAACAAGGCCAAAAGAUUCAAUGACAGAAGAAACAGAGACAGUCUUGAAGAGGCCAAAGAAACAGAUUGUCAAGGAAUUCACCACUAUGCUCUAG